AUGUCGAAAACAGAGUUUUCAAGUGACCUGGACGUUCCACGCGAAGAAGACUAUGAGUCGGGUCACCAUUGGAUCGGAGGUCUUUCCCGUUUACCAAAGCCGUUGGCAGGAAUAAUCCUGGAUGUAAAAGACAGACUACCGACCUACGUUUCAGAUUGGACGGAUGCGUGGGAUUACAGAGUGAUACCGAGCGUUGUUGAAACCUACUUCAACAAUUUGCUGCCGGCUAUUGCAUUUGCCCAGGACAUGUUCGAUAGAACAGACCAGUCUUACGGUGUCAAUGAGGUGCUGUUGGCCAGUGCGUUGGGUGGGAUCGUUUUUGGUCUGUUUUCAGGUCAGCCUUUAUGUAUCGUGGGCGUCACGGGGCCGAUCUCAAUCUUCAACUAUACGGUCUACGACCUGAUUAAGCCGCUAGACAUUGACUUUUUUGGUUUCAUGUUCUGGAUUUGCAUCUGGGCAAUGGCUUUACAUUUCGCUCUCGCCAUGAGCAACACGGUGUGCUGGCUGCGCUACGUUACGAAUUUCCCGUGUGACAUUUUCGGUCUUUUCAUCAACGUUGUGUAUGUUCAAAAAGGCAUUCAGAUUCUCACAAGACAGUUUAAGCACGAGGGAAAUCUCGAUCUGGCAGCAGGUUACGCUAGCAUCGUAGUGGCGUUGAUCAUGACAAUCUUUGGGCUCGGUUCAAAGCUUGUCGUGCGGACGCCGCUAUUGAAUCACAAACUGCGUACUUUUAUUGCUGACUAUUCUACGGCUCUCUCCGUGGUAUUCUGGUCGGCAUUUAUACAUUUCGGUGGUUUUUUGGAAGAUGUGCAUUUUCAAAAGCUACCGAUAACUAAGGCAUUUCAUCCAACUUCUGACAUCCGAGAUCGCAGCACUUGGCUCGCGUACGCAAGUAUUCCAGUCAAAGACGUAUUUUUAGCACUCCCCUUUGGAAUCAUACUCACAAUUUUGUUCUACUUUGACCACAACGUGUCAUCGCUAAUGGCUCAGCGAUCUGAAUACAAACUCACCAAGGCGUCUACUUUUCACUACGAUUUUGCCAUGUUGGGUUUGACCACAGGUGUAAGUGGCAUUUUAGGAAUUCCAGCACCCAAUGGGCUGAUCCCGCAAGCGCCUCUACACACCGAGACUCUUCUGGUUCGCAAUGAGAAAGGCGAAGUAGUACGAUGUGUGGAACAACGGUUCACAAACACCGUGCAGGGUUUGUUGAUUUUGGGCACGAUGACACGACCAUUAUUGGUGUGUUUGGGCCAAAUUCCCCAAGCAGUACUCUCAGGUCUUUUUUUUAUUAUGGGACUUAACGGGCUGCUGAACAAUACUAUACUGGACCGAUUUUUGUUUGUAUUUACCCAAAAGUCUAGGCGGGAACUGGGAAACGCUUUGAAUGAUGUGCCUAUCAAGAAGCUAUUGCUGUUUUUGACACUGAGCCUUCUGGGGUUUGCUGCGGAAUUUGCUAUUUUGAACACACGGGGUGCAUUAGGGUUCCCUUUGGUACUUUUACUAACCGUUAUUGUAUCAUUGUUUUUCCCGAAAUGGUUUACUGCAGCAGAGUUGAGCAGGCUCGACGCCAAAGUGGGCGAGGAGUUCACCUUGAAGAACCUCAUGCCAGCAUCUUUGACUAGACAAGCUCGUUAG